AUGUCGAGUCCCUUCAUUGCUGUUCCGGGGACGCAAGACUCCCGUUCACCUCAGAAUGCCCAGCCUGCCGCCCCCAACCCAAACGAGAGACACGAGCUGCAGGCAGUGUUGGAAGAGGAUGAAGAAGAGAACCGUGACACCGCAUCACCAAAACCGAGUUCACCACCCACGAACUCGCCUGAAUCGACUCCCCCACAAGUGGGCACACCUCCGGGAACCUCUGCUGAUUUGAACGUCGAUCCACAACCGGGAAAUAAUGGCAAACAAAUAAAGGUUCUAAAACCACCAGUUGAUCUUCGAAGCCCAGAAAGCAGGCCAACCCCAUCUAGUACUGAAGUUGAGCACACUCCCAUUUCGAAAAAGCCAACACCACCGGCUAUCCAUGUUGACGCUCCUUCAACAGAGGAAUCUGAAAUAGACGAAUGA